UAAAUUGCCGUAUCGUAAAUACUACAGGUAACAUCCAGAUCAUAAGCAUAUUUACAAUUGACUCGAUCAACUCAAGGUGAUUCCGGCAAACGUCCUCUGAGCCGUAUCAUUGAGUGUGCAGCAAAUAAUAAAGAAUCACCAUCUGGCCAGCCACGGUUCUAAUUCAAACAUACAGCGUUGCUUUCCCUUAACCACGGCAACGUCAUCUUCGAGACCCGCGGACAAACAACAGUGCGUCCUAUCGACAACUCACCAAUAAAACAUCGGCCAAGCGCUAGCUCGCCGGGGAGAUAAAGCAACGCGCUUCGUGGGGUACGAAAUCAGUCGCAUUUUAAAGUCGGACCGAACACAACACUGUGCCUGAUCGCUUGCCGCUGCUAUAAUGGCCAACAAAACUGACAAUCUAACUGCCGUACUGUAUGGCAUUGAAGAUCUACGCUUGGAGCAGCGCCCAAUCCCGGUGCCAAAGGAGGAUGAGGUCCUGCUGGAGAUGGAUGUCGUGGGUAUCUGUGGGUCAGAUGUGCACUAUUUGGUAAGGGGACGCAUCGGUGAUUUCAUCGUGAAAAAACCCAUGGUUAUAGGCCAUGAAGCGUCGGGUAUUGUCGCCAAGGUAGGAUCGAAGGUGAAGAACCUACAAGUGGGUGAUCGUGUUGCGAUCGAACCCGGUUAUGGAUGCCGUACGUGCGAGUACUGCAAAAGCGGUGCGUACAAUCUUUGUGCGGAUAUGAUUUUCUGCGCCACACCACCAUACGAUGGUAAUCUGACCCGAUACUUCGCACAUCCGGCGGACUUUUGCUAUAAACUUCCGGAUCACGUAACUAUGGAGGAGGGAGCCCUGCUGGAACCGCUCUCGGUGGGUGUUCAUGCAUGUCGUCGUGCGAACGUUGGAUUGGGUUCCCAGGUAUUGAUUCUCGGUGCAGGACCCAUCGGUCUGGUGACGCUCAUAGUGGCCAAAGCAAUGGGUGCCAGCAAGGUGCUCGUUACCGAUCUGCUUCAAAAUCGUCUGGACGUGGCAAAGGAGUUGGGCGCGGACGAAACGUUUGCCAUACCGAAGGAUGCGUCCGAGACCGACUUGAUAAAAGCAAUUCACGAACUUAUGGGUGGCGCACCGGAUAAAACGAUCGACUGUAGUGGUGCGGAAGCAACGGCAAGGCUAACAAUUUUGGCCACCAAAGCUGGAGGAGUUGGUGUAAUGGUGGGCAUGGGUGCACCCGAGGUGAAGCUGCCAUUGGUGAAUGCGCUUGCUCGCGAGGUUGACAUCCGGGGUGUGUUCCGGUACUGCAACGACUAUCCGGUGGCUUUAAGUUUGGUUGCCAGCGGUAAGGUGAACGUAAAGCGACUCGUCACGCAUCAUUUCAAUAUCGAAGAAACGGCCAAAGCCUUCCAUACGACUCGUCACGGCGUAGAUGGUGCAAUAAAGGUAAUGAUCCAUGUACAGCCAAAAGAUAAAAAUAAUCCGAAAUAGAUAAGUCUGUGCGAUAGAAAGUAAUAAAGCAGAGAUGCAUAAAGCGGUCUACAUUAUCAAUAUGCGAUGUUGAGUCGUUGAUAAAUUAAA